UCGGCAAAUCAGUUGCUGAUCAGCCUGCGAAAGCGAAGAUCACAGCUAGCAGCAGCUCGAUCGUUGCAUACAUUUCGAGUUGGUGGAACCGGUGGCCACCGCGCGCUCUAGAGAACAGUAAAACAACAAAAAAAUAAGCCAAUAAUUGCAGCAAUAGAACGGACGGGCAACUGAUGACCGGUGGUGUGUUAGUGGAUGCUACAGCUGCUGCUGCUGCUGUUGCUGCUAAGUGAUAGAGAGCCAAUCACGCGUACACUUCCGAUCGGACAAAUUAAGGAACAAACGUGUGUGCGUGUCCAUGAGUGUGUCUUCGUUCUACUCGGCGGAUGCUAGCACGUUAGAAGAAAAGUGAUACCGCACACCAGUGUUGCUGAUAGCAGCAGGGACAGGAACAGGAACGGAGGGACUGUGGUUAGCCGGACCCCCGGUGCAUCUCGAGGCGGCGACAGGCGAGUGUGGUUCUGAUUUUGAAUCUCAUUAGCCAGAACUCGUUCAGACGUUGUGUGCGUCGGACGGACGAACGGGAACGUGUGGUAUCGCCAGACACUAGAACACCAGCAUCAGACGCACGUUGCGAUCACUUCUGCCACCCUGGGGAGCAGUUUGUGAACCGUUCUGUGAAACCGAAGGUCAAGCAGGGUGGGAGCAUUGGAACGACGACGCACUAUUGGCAAACGAUUCAGUAUUCGGGCGGUGUGGGUGGUGUGACAGUAAAAAACACGAAUUUAUCGCGUUGUGUUCGCGGUGGCGUACUAGUGGCCAUUGAAGUAGCACCGGCCAGGUGACAUCGAGGAUCGAGUAUGAAGGUGCUCAUUUUAAUUGUGGCAACACUGGUUGUUGGAGCGCUGUGCUCCGAGCAGUGUGUCCCGGGUACGACGUUCAAGGAGGACUGCAACACCUGCCGAUGUGGCGAGAAUGGGCUGAAAGCGUGUACGCGAAAGAUGUGCACCUCGGUUGAGGCAGUGGUGGCGGAUGAACCGUACGCCCGGAACGACAACACUACCACCACGACUAACGGCAGCAACGGCGGCAGCAGCAGCAGCACUACCGAGUCGAUCACUUCCGCCGAUGAGAAGGAGGAAGUGGCCGAACAUACCAACGGACAGGUUUGCACACCCAACGAAAUCAAGAUGAAGGAUUGUAAUCGUUGUCGCUGCGCCAACAACGGUAUCGGUUGGUUCUGCACCAGAAAAGCGUGUCCACCGCGCGAGAAGCGAUCCACAGUGGAGCACCAGCAAGAGGAAUGUUCACCGGGCACCACGUUCGAGAGCGAGGAUGGGUGUAGCGAGUGUAUCUGCACACCCGAUAGUAAGGCCGUGUGCACGGAUAAACCGUGUGAGGCGCGCCCAAAGCGUGAUACGAACAGUGGAGCAGGCUGUACACCGGGGACGAGCUUCAAGAGUGCCGAUGGUUGCAAUGAUUGCUACUGUUCCGAUGAUGGAGUCGCUUUAUGUACGCUAAAGUCCUGCGAACCAAAACCGGCCCCAUACAGGCGUCGACGACGUGCGUCACCAGCGGCAGGGAAACAGGAAUGUGUACCGGGCACUACCUUCAAGGAUGCCGAUGGAUGUAACGAUUGUUUCUGUUCGAAUGAUGGACGGGCUGCGUGUACACUAAAGGCUUGUGAGCCACAUCCCCCGGCAUAUAGCCGUCGUCGACGUUCGUCACCAACGAAGACCGCAUGUGUUCCGGGAGAAAAGAAAAUGGCCGCCGACGGUUGCAAUCAAUGCACUUGCUCCAAUGAUGGACUCCAUUACGCCUGUACUCGGUUGGCCUGCGGACCUGCACCAGGAGGAGAAGGAAGUGAGUCAGUGUUUUUCAAGAGGGAAGCUCCGGCACCUCCCAAGCAGGAAUGUGUACCGGGGACGAACUUUAAGGCCUCCGAUGGAUGCAACGAAUGUUUUUGCACGGAUGAUGGACGCGCUGCUUGCACGCUGAUAGACUGUGAGCCACACCGUCGUUCUCGGCGAACAUCCCCGCCUAAGCCGGAACUGGCACCGUCGCAGGAAUGUGUGCCGGGCAGUACCUUCAAGGACGCCGAUGGCUGCAAUGAUUGCUUCUGUUCGAAUGAUGGACGCGCUGCGUGUACACUGAAACUGUGUCAGCCAAAUCCCGCUCCUUACAGUCGUCGUCGACGUGCGUCACCAACCGAAACCAAAAUCGAAUGUACUCCCGGAGAAAAGAAAAUGGCCGCCGACGGUUGCAAUCAAUGCACUUGCUCCAAUGAUGGACUCCAUUACGCCUGUACUCGGUUGGCCUGUGCGGGACAAGGAAGUGAGUCAGUGUUUUUCAAACGGGAAGCUCCAUUGCUACCAACACCACAGUGCACCCCGGGAGAAACCAGAAUGCACGAGGAUGGGUGUAACAAAUGCCGGUGUACUGCGGCCGGUGUGCUUGCCUGUACAAGGAAAUGGUGCGAUCAUGGAAAUGAAAAGAACCCCGCCACGGUUCACAAACGGGAAGCCACUACCGAAUUACCACGGUCGGAACUUGCUCCCGGAUCACCGGGGUUCUCUUGUACACCGCGUAGCUCGUUCAAGUAUCAGUGUAACACCUGUGUCUGCAACGACGAUGGCAAGCAUGCCGGGUGUACCUUCAAAUUCUGCAUUCCCGGAGAGUACUGAGCAGCCAGGAGAAGGGGCGAGAGGCGUCUGCGCAACUGGAUGGAUAUUCUCUCUUGCAUUCAUUAUUUCUUUCUUUUGCUUAACCAGCUGCAGCAGCUAUUUGCGUAGACGGGUACACGGCGAACAUAAGGGCCCCCUUUUUUCCCAGGAGGAUUAGCUCACCCACAAGUUCUAACAUUAAAACGUAAACGUUUGUAAACGUUGCAAAUAAACAUAAUUAUAAGCAAUA